UCCAUUUUAUUUUUGUUGCCCUAAACUUUAUUCCAACAUGUAACAACUUGAACUGCACAAGGCCAUCUUCUUAACAUAAGGUCUGUGGAUUUAUUCCAAGGAUUACAUAGGCAUUUUACAGAAUGGGAUUAAAGGGGGAAACGAUAGCAAUACUAGAAGUAGGUAAUAGGUUUGUACAUUUUUUAUUAAUAUCUGAUAUGAUAUUUAAACUUGAAUAUAAAGUUAGAUUUAUACAGAUAAAGUAUUUAGAUUAUAUUUACACAAUACAUAUAAGUAAGAUAGCAAGGAGGAGUUAAAAAAAAUUCUGAGGAUAUGAAAAGAUGAAAUAAAUAUGGUGGUAGUUUCAAAGGGAACUUUAGUUCGUUGUGUUGUUAUCGAAGGAAUUUAUUUAACCAUCUUGCUUAUUAUAACAUCUUAAAAAUAAAGGGGAAUUGGAAGUUUGAAUUAGCUUAUUUAGACAUUAACACAACCCAGCUCAUUAUUAUUAUGAUAAUUAUUUUAAUUGUAGGUAGAAGUAGGAUAAUUCUUAGUAUUUUUGUAAGGGAGUUUGACCUCACGGUCCAAAUAUUGUAGAAACUACAAUUCCCAGACUGCACCUACGAGGAAAACUCGCCCAUCGCACCGGAAGCACAAGCCUCAGCAUCCGGUCGGGGGGCCGCUGACUGUGUUUAUGUUUUGUGCAAAUCUUUUAUUCUCUUAUAUGAAACGGCACCAGAUUCAUAUCGAGAGGCUUCAGGGUAAAACCUGCCAGACGGUGUAGUUCUGUACAAACGACCAACUCGUCGACAAAACUGGCCCCCCCACUGCCUGUCACCAUGCCCGCCCUGCUGGAGAGACCCAAGCUGUCCAACGCGAUGGCCAGAGCCCUCCACAAGCACAUCAUGAGAGAGAGGGAGCGCAAGAGACAAGUGUUUUCACCUCCCAACCGUACAAAACACUCCAAUAUCCUCCACUUGCCCUCACACAACCUUUCAGAGGAGGAAGAGGUGGACAAAAUGAUGGAGCAGAAGAUGAAGGAGGAGGAAGAAAGGAAGAGGACAAAGGAAAUAGAGGAGAGGAUGUCCCUGGAGGAAACCAAAGAACAGGUGAUGAAGAUGGGGGAGAAACUUCAGGGCCUGCAAGAAGAGAAACAUCAGCUUUUUCUACAGCUCAAGAAAGUUCUCCAUGAAGAGGAAAAGAGACGGCGGAAGGAGCAGAGUGAUAUCACGACACUGACAUCAGCCAGCUAUCAAACCAGUCUGCCCAUGCAUGCAGGGCAGCACCUCCUCAGCCUUCAAGGCGGUUCCGUCAGCCACAGUCGACCUGGUGCUCUGCUCGGAGAACGGAACAAACAGCUGUUCCCCACCACUGUGAUUCCAACACGUCACUACCAGUCGCCGAGCUUCAGCUCGUCAGCAGAGCACGGGCAGUUCAGUGGGAGCCAGGGGGUCCAUGAGCCCUACGGAGUGGCUCAGUCACAGCAUCCGUCCACCUACGCCCCUGGACCAUCUGUCAGUUUCGCAAGCAGCUCUCAGAUCAGAGGUGCGUCUGCGUUUCAGGCCAUGCAGUAUCUCCCCCACCAGCAGACUGGUUACCCCGUCCACAGUCACUUCACCUCCCAGCCUGGAUACAUCCCCGGAGCAGGGAUACCUCUUCAGAAGCAGCUGGAACAUGCCAACCAGCAGUCGGGCUUCACUGAUGCUGGCACUUUAAGGCCGAUGCAUCCACCAGCCAUGCAUCCCUCUGCACCAGGGCUGCUGCCCACACCGUCAAUGACGGUGCAGAUUCCCACGGCAAAGGCCCAGUUCCAGAGCUCCCCCCAGAGCGCUCCUCGCCACGGCUUCCUCCCCCACAGCCAGAGCGGCCAGAGGUUCUACCACCACGGAAAGUGAACUCAGUUCACGUGCAGCCGCGCCGUCGCUGCGGUUUCACAGCUUCACUCUGGAUUGUGGAGAAACUUUUUGGACGAGUCAUGACUCAACAGAACUCAUUAAGUUGGAUCACACCAUAAUGUUUGUGUUUUAUUUCAUGUAUAGAAACUGGUUUUAAGUUGUGUCUUGACAUGUGCUUUGAUUUUUUUUUUUUUUUACAUGACUUUAAAUAAUGUUAAUUUGUAAAAUAGCCCUAUUAUUUGAACGCUACUCUGGAGGUGCUGCUGUGCACUGGAAUGUUAAUAUCUGCCUGAACCAGCGCUUAUUCUCUGUGAACUAACAUCUUUCAGUGCGGAGCUCAGUGUCUCCGCAAAGACACAAAAAGCAGAACAGAGCAAAAGCUUUCAGAGGCAUUGGUGGUUCAUCACGUCCGACCCAACGUUAACUCAAGACGACCUUGUUAUUCACACCAAUGGAGGAUUUCCUGUGUUUUUCCUCUGCUGCACAAAUCAAGUCGGUUCCGUUUUAAAGCUUUUGUGUUGCUGAAUAAAAAAAGAGAUGAGUAAACGCCA